UUUAAAAAAAACCUGUGGGAUUAAGUACAUGUGCAUAAACUAGUUUAUUUUUGUUAAUGUAGUAGUUGUUUUUAAGAUAUUUGUAUUUAUGUGUAUUAAAAAGUGUAUUAAUAUUAUAUCAUAAGAUAUGGAAUUAGCAAAAGAAAUUGUCGAUGGCCUGGCAAGCAUCCAAAAUAGCAACAUUUUGCCUGAAGAAGCAUUUUUACAGUUAUUAGAUAUUAUAAUGUUAUGUAUUUCUAAAAACAAUGGAAAAAGUAUUACAACUGUUCAUCCAUCCAAGUCAGAUCUGAUAAAGGCUGCAGUUGCUAAUGUAUCUUGCCUCUUUAUAGAGGCAGCUCGACAUAAUUAUGAUGAAGAAAGCUUAAAACAUUUUCUACAUAAUGAACACAUUAAUGGACAUAGAAUUGAAACAUUAUGUAGUACAUAUAUAAACAAUAAACAAAAUAUACAGACUCAAUUGGAAUUGACAGGAAAUAGUUUACCACACAUAGUGGAUAUAGAUUGGCGUUUACAUCAUUGUGCUAAGAUUAGCAUUCGGUUUACUAAUAUACCAAUUUAUAACAUACGAAUAAGUACAAAAGAAUCUAAUCAAGUGAGGCAUGUAAUAUUUACAUGUACUGUACAACAGCUACAAGAGUUAGUAUACAAGUUAAAGGAUGCUAUAAGACAUAUUGAAAAAAUGUCUAAUAUAUAA